GAAAGAGGAAAUGAAAGGAUAAAGAUACAAGCACUAAGACAUUUUAGUCAAAAAGGUGCCAGAAGUGCAAAGAUUUGCAAUGAUCUUUUAAAACCCUUUAAUACUUUACCGAAGAAGAUUAGUAAUCUGUCUGCAUUUCUUAAAAAACCACUUGCCUGUAAGUUGCCUGUGACCAUCAAUGUAAAUAAGUUUUUGAAGAAUAUAUACUUCAAUAAAGAAAACCGUGAAUCUGAAUUGGCCUUGCACAUAAAUUACAUCUUAG